GCAGGGGGCAGUCGUCCAACUUCCACAAUGAGCUAGCUCUGUACACCGUUUCCUGGAGCACACGUACGACUGGUGACAUCACACAUCUUUGACUGCCAGAGCGAGCGAGAGAGAGAGAGAGAGAGAGAGAGAGAGAGAGAGGGCAGCGAAAAAUAGAGAAAAUAAACUUUUAUCGAAACCUGCAUUGGACCGGACAGUUAUAUAAAGAACUGUCUUUUGAGUUCAGACGCGCCGCGCAAUGACAUGUCAAUCUAGACACGUUUGUGUAGUUCCUGAUCUCAUUGCAUUUAGUUGAAGUUCAGCGUCUGAGUAUAAUAUCGUCAGUGCUGUGUGUAGUCCGGCAAUUUCCGGAUUUUGUACGAAAGAAAUAACCAGACUAGUACAACUAGGGAAACAGCAGAACAGAUUAUAUAGUUUUAUUUAUUUUAUAAAUUUAUCCCUGGUUGUUGCUUGGAGAACGAGUGUCAGUGGAAACAGGGUGAACAAGUAAUCGAAGGAGAGAAGCGCUGGCUGUUGUAAAGUAAGGAGGCUACAGGUCCUGAUGAUGACCGUAAAUAUGGACGAUGAUGCAGCGCUCAAUUCCAUUAUGAAAGAUCUGGCUGCCCUGGGCCGCUUUGGGGGACUGCUGGAUGGCAGUAAACAAAGAAAUACCUACCUACCCAUCAAGCAGGUGAGCUGAGAUUGAAUACCUACCUACCCAUCAAGCAGCAGGAUGUCCGAAUCAAACUGGAGCACGAGGGGGAGAAAAGGAUCAUUCAGUUUCGAAGGCCACUGAAAUUCAAAGAGUUACUUAAGAAGGUGACUGAUGCCUUUGGAGAGCAGAUGGACUUGUAUUACCCGAACAAUGAGCUCCUCGUUCCCUUGCGCUGCCAGGAGGAUUUGGAGAAAGCCGUGCUGUACUUGGACCUCCACCCGUCCAUGAAGAGUCUGAGGGUGUUAGUCAAGACUCCCAAAAACAACCAUUAUUUACAGGUAAACAGCCGAGCUGAUAAACCACCUGAAAUGAGGAUGUCUAAGUCCAUGGGAGACCUGAAGGGCUCCCCGUUUAAAAGCACUGAGAGGAUCCGCAAACACUCCACAGGUUCUCUGCACACAGGUCGCAGUUCCCCUCCUCCCGGCAGUGUCCCGGAGGAGCAGCAGCAGAUUGCACGGCAGGGGUCCUACACCAGCAUCCACAGCGAGGGCGAGUUUAUUCCCGAGACCCUGGACCAGAACAUACUGGAUCCCUUUGGCAGGGCUGACAACUCCCUCUCAGAUAGCUGCCAUUCCCUGGACAGCCCUCCAUUCUCACAAUCUGAGACCAACAGGGACUGGAACUGUGUGAAUCAGAGCCGUGAGUACACAGGCUGUCGAUAUGGCAAAGGCGGGACCUUUCCAAGACAGUUCCACCUCUCCCAUCAUCGUAAGGACUACAGCGACGGGAGAAGGACAUUCCCACGCAGCUUCAUGCCUCAGGAGAACCUCUUCCAGCUCGUCCCCUCCAACAGGACACACAGUUACAACGGGGACAGCACGUCCCCCAGCAUCCAGUACAGUGACCUCAGAAACAUGCGCUGGGACCCAGAGGAGACCGGCGCCCUGACUGUGCCCUGCAAGUCCCCUCAGGCGCCCGUGAACUGGAGGUUAGGGAAGCUGCUGGGACGCGGGGCGUUCGGGGAGGUGUACCUCUGCUACGACGCCGACACGGGAAGGGAGCUGGCAGUGAAACAGGUGCCCUUUGACCCUGAGAGUCACGAAACCAGCAAGGAGGUGAACUCCUUGGAGUGCGAGAUUCAGCUGCUGAAGAACCUUCACCAUGAAAGGAUCGUGCAGUACUACGGAUGCUUGCGGGACCCUGAGGAGAAGAAGCUCUCCAUCUUUGUGGAGUUCAUGCCAGGGGGCUCGAUAAAGGACCAGUUGAAAGCCUAUGGCGCUCUCACUGAGAAUGUGACGAGGAGGUACACCAGGCAGAUCCUGCAGGGAGUCUUCUACCUCCACAGCAACAUGAUUGUGCAUCGAGACAUCAAAGGAGCCAACAUUUUGAGAGACUCCUCGGGCAAUGUGAAGCUGGGUGAUUUUGGCGCCAGCAAGCGCAUCCAGACCAUCUGCAUGUCAGGCAGUGGGAUGAAGUCUGUGACCGGCACUCCGUACUGGAUGAGCCCCGAGGUGAUCAGUGGAGAAGGAUAUGGCAGGAAAGCAGACAUCUGGAGCGUGGGCUGCACAGUGGUGGAGAUGCUGACGGAGAAGCCCCCCUGGGCGGAGUACGAAGCCAUGGCUGCCAUCUUCAAAAUCGCCACCCAGCCGACCAAGCCCAGGCUGCCGGAUGGCGUGUCCGACUCCUGCAGGGACUUCCUCAUGCGGAUCUUUGUGGAGGAGAAGCGGCGGCCCACUGCAGAGGAGCUCCUGGGGCACAGCUUCUUCCAGAGCAGCCUCUAGCAGCCAAGGAGGGAGGGAUCAAGCAAGCAAGCAAACCGCGUGGGCUCUUUCCGAAAUGGCUUCUUGUAGUUUUUUUGUUUUCCCUGCCGUUUUUGUUUUUGCUGGGGCAACCCAAAGAGGGGUAAAAAAUGGACAUACGAAAAGUAAACAGCCCCUCCUCAUAUUGUAUCUUGUGUAUUUUGAUUACCGGGUAGUGCUCUAAGCAAGCGUGCUAAGGGGCUGCAUUUAUUCUCCUACUCGUAGAUGGAAAGCCUCUUGUGCAGAAUCUUACCAGCUGCACACAACGCAGCUGCUUCGCGCACUGCCCUGGAAUCCCAGCAGAGGCACUGCAGCGCACACAACGCAGCGGCUUCACGCACUGCCCUGGAAUCCCAGCAGAGGCACUGCAGCGCACACAACGCAGCGGCUGCGCGCACUGCCCUGGAAUCCCAGCAGAGGCACUGCAGCGCACACAACGCAGCGGCUUCACGCACUGCCCUGGAAUCCCAGCAGAGGCACUGCAGCGCACACAACGCAGCUGCUUCACGCACUGCCCUGGAAUCCCAGCAGAGGCACUGCAGCGCACACAACGCAGCGGCUUCACGCACUGCCCUGGAAUCCCAGCAGAGGCACUGCAGCGCACACAACGCAGCUGCUUCACGCACUGCCCUGGAAUCCCAGCAGAGGCACUGCAGCGCACACAACGCAGCGGCUGCAUGCACUGCCCUGGAAUCCCAGCAGAGGCACUGCAGCGCACACAACGCAGCGGCUGCAUGCACUGCCCUGGAAUCCCAGCAGAGGGCAGGUUUUCCUCCUGUACUGUACUGUAUGGGUAAGGGAAUGCUGAAGGAGGUCUAAAGCCUUCUUUGUCUCAAAGCAUUCUCAAUUGCACUUGAAGUGUCCUGCAGGAUGUUUUUCCUCUUUGUCCAGAUGAACGCCUCUCGGUAGACGUGGCAGGAUGGAUGAUAGGAUAUGUUCAGCUAAGCCUCGUGGCCAGUUAUGGAAAUUAAAUAAUGAAAUGCCAAAGGCUCCAGUGGCCCUGAAUCUGUUAGAACAACAAGCAUACUAUUAUUUUUAUUUUAUUAUUAUUAUUAUUAUUAUUAUUAUUAUUAUUAUUAUUAGCAAUCAAAAGUUGCAAACGAUGCAAACAUCAGCUGGUUUAAUAUGGAUCUUCCAGCAGUGUAUUCUGUAAAAGUAAAACAUCAGUGUUUUAAACUUAGCAUCAUUUAAAAAACAACAAAGAUCCUCCAAGCAGAAAUGCUUUGAGAAAUUUGAAUCCCCUGUGCAAUCCAAGCAUGCACAGGCUUUAGUCCUGGUCACCUUGUGUCACCUUGGUCAUCAGUGUCUGUUAAUACCGAGAGAGAAUAAAACCUUCCUGAUUGUGACUUAUAAUUGUUAUAAUAAAAAAUAAAAUGUUAAAAUAAAACCUAUUUUUAAAUACAAGAAAUAAAUAGAAGUAUUUUUGUAUAGAUUUCUAUGACCAUAUACACACCUGUGUUGUGUUCGGAUGUUGAGUUUCAUGUUCACAGUGUGCUUCAUAAAGGUUUUCUGUUCCUCAUGUUAUGUACCUCAUGUUAUGUAGGGUGGGCCGUGUACACUCCAGCCCUGGAUUCAAGCUAACUAUUGAUCUGGAGCUUCUGAUUCCUUUGUGAUUCAGACAGUUAAUCAUGCUGCACCAUGAGCCCAGCCGCAGUGCUGCAGUCUUUCAGAAGUUAGAGGUUAUAGCUUUUGAAAUCCAGUAGAACCUUCGUUAUCAAACCAGGCAGUUAUUUUUUAUUUUUGUUUUAAAGGAAAUGCAAUACAUGUUUGCUGUAACAAGUGUUUCCUGCAGGAAUGUGCAUCCGAGCAGUGCACUUUUAAAUAGCAUAACCUUAUCAACAAAUGGAAAAAUAGGAACAGAACGGCUGUGAGUAUUUCCCUGUCUCUGGAAAAGUCCCAGCGCCUCUUAAAAGGACUGGGGAGGGUGUCUCGCAGUGCGGCAUGCAGUGUUAUGAAUGCAUGUUCACUGCUCAGAGAAAUAGGAAGGCUUAGUGUGGAAUAUAUGACGGCUUGGCAAUACAACAGUAUUUGAGUUUAUAUGUAGUUAUUGCAGCCUGAUGUCUGUGUAUAUUUGUUUAUAUUUUAUGAAUAAAAAAAAUCAUCCAAUUUUAACAAAUGUAAAAAAUAUAUUCUAUUGAAAUGCUGCCCAACCUGAUGGUCAUAGUCUUUGCUUAUCUUCUGAGCUGGUGUGAAUGAAGUGGGGGAAGCACCGUAUUUAUAAAAGGGUUCAAAUGGAUUACUGGAACUGUAAAGCUGAGGAAACACAAAGCCGCCACUUCAGAAACAGCUGCUUCAAACCGGCAGACCUAGUUUGAGGCAGCUUUGCUGUAUCAAACCCCAAGCCUCCCCUGGUGUGCUGCGCAGUGACCUGAAACCUAGCCCCAGUUCACGCUACAGGGCUUUAAUGCAGCACAGUAGCAAAUUUAUAUAUUAAAAAAAAAAAAAAAAAAAAAAAAAAACAUUGACAAUUUUGACUUUGAUAUGGUGUGUAACAGGGUGACGGACCGAGCUUACCCCCAACCACAAUCACAUUAUUCUCUCAAGACCAGGGAGGUAUUUAGAAAGCAGGAACAAGCAACUUGCUUGUGUUGACGUGUAAAUAUUUAUUUUCAUAGCGGAUACUUCAUAGACUGCGAAUGACUAUCAUUGACUGACAUUCACAAGACAAGCUCACAACUGACCAGAUAAUACUAGUACGACUGCUCCCUCCUGAGGAAAGACUCGGCAUUAAAUACAUGACACAUGUCUCUUUGUUUACAAACAUGAUUGUUAAACUAUUCUAUUGUUUACUCGUUAUUAUUGUCAUUAUUCUCUAGUCCCUAAACAUUACCACUUCAUUGAGGGAAGCCUCCUUAUCUAAAUACAGAAAUACACUGUCAUAUAUCAAAUACACUUUGCUCAACAACAUGCACAAUACAUAAUAAACCACGGCUCUGUCGCCAGCAAUAAUAAUAAUCACAGUAACAGCCAUUGAAAUAUUACAGUGCGGGUCUCAUCCUCACACGGUGCAUCAACGAUCUUAAUAUUUUUGGAUGAGAACAGCCUUGUAUGUGUGUGUAAAAGACAGCAGCUAAAGAAAUGAUUGUCAUUUUAAUGUAAAGACGCACACUUCUGUAGCUGUGUAUAUCGUUGCAUGCAAAAUAAACAGUGGUAGCUGAAUAUGCCAAGUUGCCAGCAUUAUUGAUCAUUAUUGAGAUCCACAAUCCUGCAGAUUUUAUAUUUAUCGCUUAGUUACUAAAUAACAGGAAGAAAAGGUAAUUGUGACAAGUUAAGCGUGAUCAUGAAUGCACUGCAGCUCGUGUAUUGUGUGACAGAAGCAACCUGAACGUGGACCAUCUCAAUGGCAAGUGUGAACAGGUCCACCUCUCCUCAAACUGGCAUUGUGUUCCCUCAGGUUAACAGAUAACAAGGACUCAUUUACUGCUGUCUGUUUGUUCAUGUUUUCUGUUUAAUCAUUAUAUCAAAGUAAACAUCAUGGUGUGUCCAUGGAAACCAUGCCAAAGGACUCCGGAGUGCUUUCAAAUCAAAUCUGUUAUUGUGACCCUGAGGGGAAAGUGCUCUGCAGUCUCAUGUUCUAAGUUUGUACAUUUACAAUUUCAAUUGCACGAUUUAAUUUGAAUUGCAAUAAUGCUAUAUAGCCUUUGGUGCUUCCAUGUGAGGAGAAAUAGUAAACACAGUGAUAUUAUAAUGCUAUCAGAGAAAGAAAGAAGGAGGACUUCCAUUCAAGCGGUGAUGACAAGAGUUGCUCAAGAAGUAGAUUGUUUGCUGUACUGAACUGUACAGUGAGGCCUGCAUGUUAUGAAGGAGGCUGGUAGGGACUUGCAUAUGCCUUGUAUGAUUAAUCCAGGACAAUUUUAUUGUAUUGUGUGUGUGUAUAUAUAUAUUGUAACACGAUUGCACCUCACACGGGUUCAUGCCCCUUUAAAAUUACGACCCAGGACACGGAAAUUGAUUUUCUUGCGCGUUUGCGCUAAUUUUUAAUAAACACAAAAUAAAACAAAUACACAAAACACCUAACUCCUCUUGGAGCACUAACUCAACUCUCAGGAACACCCUGACUAACGCGGGACAGCUACGCUGUUUUCCCGUCCUUCCCAAAACCACAAACUUCAACACACAGGUUUGACACCGCACUUACUUUUUUCUCUCUGGCUACUCGGAGACAGAGCACCUCUUCUGCCUCCUUCUACUCAGCAGCCUCGAGCAGACUGCCUGCUCUCCUUUUAAACCCCGCAAUAACGCCCAGGUGCGGAUGAUCAUUAAUAAUAAAACAAUUGAACUAAACAAUAAAGCAAUUAACAAAUCAAUUAGAAAAUUAAAUGAAACAAUAAAGCAACACAAAUCAAACAAAAAGGU